GUUUUCUUCCUUUGAAGCGCAACUGUGUUCGACCUGCAAGCAGUUACACUGGUACUCUCGACGCAGCACAAGAGUAGCCAUAGCCAUUAAGAAUGGCUACCGCCCAUCACCAAACCACAGGCGCAUCGCCCACCACCAAGGAUGUCGUCGAUGUCGAAAAACAACCUGGCUACGACCACGAGACUUCCAAUGACGCCGAGUUUCACCGUGGCAGCGUCACACCCGCCUACGAAAUCGCCCAAGCUCGCAAUAUCCAGAACUCCAUCGCGCCGCUUCGCUUCUUGAGCAAAGGCGAGUUGUGGCUGGAUCAAAAGAUGGGCAUCGAGACCCAGGGUAUCGAUCGAAUCCCUGAAGAGAUGAAGCGCCCUCCCUCUCUGUGGAACACCUUCUUCAUGUGGUUUUCCAUGACCUGCCACGUCGGCACUCUCCCCUUGGGAGUUCUCGGUCCCGAGUUCGGAUUGAACUUGAAUCAAAGUGUCUCUGCCAUCGUUGUCGGUACCUUCCUCGGUGCACUUUGCACGGCGUACACCGGCACCCUAGGUCCAAAGACUGGCUUGCGACAAAUUGCGACUUCACGAUACUCUUUCGGUUUCUGGGGCGCCAAGCUCUGCAGUGUUCUCAAUGUCAUUGUUGGUGGCGGUUUCGCUGUCGUCAAUGUGGUCAUUACAGGACAAAUGCUGUCUGCCGUUUCGGAUUAUACCAUGACGAUCGCUGUCGGUUGCGUUAUUGUGGCCGUCGUCUCUUAUGUUGUCUCUGUGUUUGGCUUUGCGAUGAUCCAUACCUUUGAAAAGUACAGCUGGAUUGUCGGCGCCAUCCUCCUCUGCGUCUUGAUUGGUCAAGCGGCACCUCAUGUUGGACCUUCAGCACCUGGAUAUGGCUCCCUGAGGGAACUCGGCCAGGCUGGCGGGUGGCUCAGUUUCAUGGCCGUCUGCUUCUCUAGCUCCUCGGGCUGGUGCAGUAUCGCUGCUGACUACUAUUGCAACUAUCCUGCCAACACAAAGACCUGGAAGGUCUUCUUCAUGACUCUAUGGGGUAUCAUGAUACCCACGACCUUUGUCACCGUCAUUGGCGCCUGCAUUGGCAAUGCUGCCUUGCUGAAUGCUUACCCACCCUACGCAGACGCUUAUGAAGACCACGGUCUUGGUGGUCUGCUCAGAGAGAUCUACCAUCCCAGCGGCUGGGCCAAAUUCUGCCUUGUUAUUCUCACCUUCAGCGUCUUGGGUAACAACAUCGCCAUCAACUAUUCCUCCGGUCUUUCGCUGCAGCUCCUUGGUCACUGGUUCCACGCUGUUCCCCGCUUUAUCUGGUCCUUCUUGGUUGCCCUGGUGGUCGCCGUCCUUGCCAUUGCUGGGAAAGACCAUCUCUCGGCCAUUGUCUCGGAUUUCGUGUCCUUGCUCGGUUACUGGACGAUCUCAUUUACUCUGAUCCUUCUGAUUGAAGAUCAGUGGUUCCGCAAACGAUCAGGGGAGGGAUAUAAUCUUGAGGCAUGGGACCAGCCCUCAAAGCUGCCCUUAGGCAUAGCAGCCGUCCUGGCGCUGCUUGCAGGUUAUCUCGCUGGUGGUGUCACUGGUAUGGCUCAAGUUUGGUAUGUCGGACCUAUCGCUCGCUACUUUGGACCUUAUGGCGGUGAUGUUGGUAUCUAUCUGUCUGGUGCUAUCACUCUUCUUGUCUACCCACCACUCAGAUAUCUUGAGAGGAAGAAGACGGGAAGGUAAACGGUGUGUAAAGUAUGAUGAGACUGGAGUUUUGAGUCAGAUUUCGAUAUGUACCUAUCAGAUAUGUGUUCUAUGUACUCAGUACAAAAGUAGUGCGUGAAGUAUACCCCGGCAAAAGCCAGUCUUUUACUUGUCAAAAUCCUGGUCCUUUCUCUAUAAAUUACCUCUCUCGUUCGACCUGAAUUAUUGUUCGCUACUUGCAUUCCACUGCCUAGCAAGGUACUGUGUCCCACCUUGCACGGCUGGAGUUACGGCUUCAUCUCGGUUCACUGCCCACGUGGCGCACCCCCUGCCACCAAACCGAGAAGCUGCGUAGUCUUAGGCAGGUCAACUCAGCCAGUGCCUGCAAAAAUCUCUUGGACGCCUCCCCGAGGAUCGAAUAUUAGCACGGUCCAAUGACCAGCAUAACCAAUUCCUGCUUAUCAGCCAAGUCUUUC